GCGUAUGAUGUGAUCAUCCAGAGUCCCUCUGCGCGCUCAUCACGUGCUUCAGCUCGAUCCAUCCAGCCGCUUCAAGCAGAACUAACUAGCUCACCUCUCAGGAAAGGCUCGUGAAAACCCUAAGAAAAAGAUUGACGUCAAAAAGAUUAAACGAUUCGGACACAUCGAGCUGAGCGCGAAGGAAUCGGAUGUGAGUGGAAGUGACCUCCAGGACCAAGUGCCUUUCCUCGUCUCCGGCAGCCCGUGGGAAGUUUCUUUCCAUGUGAAAACCAUCUGACACACAUGAUCUGCUCCAUACACACUCAUUCUGGACCAGCGGGGACACUUACAUAUCCAUAGAUUGAAUAAGAACCAAGAGAAGACGAGUAUAUAUGAACUGUGAGAUCUGGGGUGCAUGCAUAAAUGCCAAGAAACUGCAUUAGAGAGACCUCACCCAAAGAAAACAAGAUCAUUGUGUGGAAAAUGGACCUGCCAAAUAAGGAGAGACGGUCACCGGAGAAUGGCCCCAGCUCGGCUAGGCCCUGUUGCUCAAGCCUCAAGAAGUUCCUCGUGGCCUUGUCCUUUGCCUACUUCGCCAAGGCAUUAUCCGGGAGCUAUAUGAAAAGCACAAUAACUCAGCUGGAAAGACGCUUCGACAUCCCCAGUUACUUAAUAGGUGUCAUUGAUGGAAGCUUUGAAAUAGGUAACUUGUUAGUGAUCGCCUUCGUGAGUUACUUUGGUGCCAAACUUCACCGUCCGAAGAUCAUCGCCAUCGGCUGCCUGUUGAUGUCACUUGGGACUUUUCUGAUUGCCUUGCCCCAUUUUAUAAUCGGACGCUACAAGUUUGAAACAUCGAUUCGAUCGUCAGUGAACUCAACCAAUAGCCUCUCUCCAUGUCGAGUGAGGUCUAGCGUUCUGGCCGCAGGUCCCAGUGCUUCUUCAGUGCCGAGCUCAGGUUGCGAACACGAGUCCAGGUUGUCCAUGUGGAUCUAUGUUUUCCUUGGGAAUAUCUUGCGAGGAAUCGGCGAGACCCCAGUGCAACCUUUGGGAAUCUCAUACAUCGAUGAUCACGCUCUGGAGGAGAAUGCAGCCUUCUACAUCGGAUGCGUCCAGACGAUAUCAGUCGUCGGUCCGGUGUUUGGCUACCUGCUGGGGUCUGUCUGUGCCAAGAUAUACGUGGACAUUGGAUUUGUCAACAUGGAGAGCAUUAGCAUCACCCCGGGAGAUGCACGCUGGGUAGGCGCCUGGUGGCUGGGAUACCUCAUUGCAGGAUUCAUCACCCUGCUCUCAGCGAUGCCGUUUUGGUUCUUGCCCAAGUCUUUGCCCCUGCCAGAGAGACAGCUUGACAAGUAUUCUCCAGAGCGGACCAGCUUCAUCAAAGACUCGCCCCUGCUGGAGCACAAGUACCAGGCAGACGAGCCAGCUAACUUCCUAGAAAUGGCCAAAAACUUUUUGCCAACGCUCAGAUCCCUUUUGGGGAAUCCAGUCUAUUUUUUGUAUCUCUGUGUCACCAUCAUCCAGUUCAACUCUUUGAUCGGUAUGGUGACGUACAAGCCAAAAUACAUCGAGCAACAUUACGGGCAGUCAGCGUCCAAAGCCAACUUCUUAAUGGGAGUGAUCAACAUCCCAGCCGUGGCCUUGGGAAUGUUCUCGGGAGGUGUGAUCAUGAAGAAGUUCAAGCUGAGCAUCAUGGGAGCAGCCAAGUUUGCGCUGGGAACGUCUCUUCUGGGCUACUUCCUGUCACUUUUCUUCUUCGCCAUGGGAUGUGAGAAUGCCAGUGUGGCCGGCAUCACCAGGUCGUACAAUGGGACGGAAAGUCUGUGCAAAGUGGACAGUUCUCUCUUAGCGUCCUGCAACGCAGACUGUCAGUGUCCCGAAACAAACUGGGACCCCGUAUGCGGUGAGAACGGCCUCACCUACUUCUCCCCCUGCCUGGCUGGAUGCCGGACGUCCCACGGCUCUGGAAUGAACACGGUGUUUGAGCAGUGCAGUUGUGUAGCAGUCGGGAAUCAUACGGCCAGUGCGGGCCAAUGCAACAACAGAGACAGCUGCCAUCGAGUCUUCCCCUACUUCCUGGCUCUGUCUGUCAUCACUUCCUUUAUCAUCUCGCUGGGCGGAACACCAGGAUACAUGCUGCUCAUCAGAUGCAUCAGACCUCAGCUGAAGUCUUUAGCUUUGGGUUUUCACACAUUGACGACACGCACUCUAGCUGGAAUUCCAGCUCCUAUAUACUUCGGAGCCAUCAUAGACACCACCUGUCUGAAAUGGGGUCAGAAGAAAUGUGGUGGGAGAGGAGCCUGUCGAAUCUACAACACCACUGCCUACAGGAUAGCAUAUCUGGGCCUGACGAUGGGCUUGCGGACAGCUUCCUUCUUCCUGUGCAUUCUCGGGCUGGUGGUGUUACGACGGCAUGUUCGGCGGCAAGAGCGCAACACGCUCGCAAACGGAGGCACGGGGGCCGCAGCCGGCGAACUGCAGGCCCUCAGGAAAGAAGAAAACAACAGCUGUAACUCGGACCAAUGGCCGCGGACCACAGAUUACGACCCGGAACGGGAGACGCGUUUGUGACUUGCGUACAUGCACAUGCAUGCCUGCGCAGGGAGCAACAGGGCCGUUAUGCAGCGUCUGUUUCAUACUUUCUAUCAGACUCAUGUAAAUGAUGUGAAAUAAGUUGUUUUUGAUAUAGUAGAAGUAUUUCUUGAAUGUA